AUGUCGCAUUCAUUUCAGCGUCGCCGAGCUGGGCACAAUGUAUGUGUAGGUGUGUCCAUGGGAAGAACGGGUAGUGAUGAGGCAGAGGUUGCGGAAUGCGAAAGGAACACGGGUAUCCAACAUCGGAAAUGUCAGCAAAUGAGUAGCGUAAGAUUUUGCUCAAUUUCCUUAAGAGGCGAGCUUAGAAAAGCAAACGUGCCAGUCAUACGAUGGGAGGGACUAUUUUAUACAGUUGUGCAAGAGUUGAUAGCUUUGGCUGAAUUUUUGCUUCUUCCUAUAAAUGAUUUACGUCUUGCAAAUGUUUUAAAAUUACUACUAUUUAACUUCACUGAAUCAUUGGCUGUAGAAAACAGUUGUUAUGGGAAGAACUCGAAGGUUCUGGACACUUGUGCAACAAGCAUUUACUCAGUGGAUCAAGGAGAAUAA